AAUGGAAGUAGAUUUAUGUGGCGAUUGUCCGCUCAUCGAGUGCACGCCUAGGCAGAGGGUUCGGACUACUAGUGGCACCAGCAUAAUAUUACUGGCAAUGUGUUAGUCAUUGAACUGAACCCUAACUAGUGAAGAUACAAUGGUAGUCAAAAGAAUGUUUCACUUGUCUUGUGGUUUUUACUUCAGAAUGAAGCUGUUUGGUACAAAAUAAAAAGGCCAAUGAUUUGUAUUAUUAUAUGUCAGGAACGUCUUCUUAAAUGUGCUGCUGCAACUCUGUAACCAGUUUCUAGCUAUGUUUUCAUAAACUAAAAGCUGUUCAUCUUUUCAAUUGUGUUAGUGGGAUGUUAACUUCAAAUGAUGAAUGUAUUGAGAUGGCAACUGUUGUCCUUGAUGAUUCAGACCUGGACAUAGCCAAUGAAGUGGGCAACAUGGGACAGGACAUUCCUGACCCUAAUGCUUGCUUCAAUCAAAAAGUUCGGGAACAGAACAGAAGGAAACAGUGGCAGUUGAACUACCAGGAGGCAGCAAUUUACUUACAGGAGGGCCAGAACAACGACAAAUUCUACACACAUCCCCAGAGCCAUGAAGCUUUGCCCGCCUAUCAAGUAGCCCACAACCACUGGUUCUACAUGUUAGACAUGUUUGCUGCUUUGGUGGUGAUGCUGCUAGCUGCAUCUGAGAGACCUGCUGUGGCCUAUUUUGAAUUGCCAGUAGGGAUCCAUGGCUCAUUAGAGAUGCUUUGUCUUCUCAUCUUGAGCUUAGACCUGGGAAUACGUUUCAAAUGGCUCAGAUUGUGGGGGUUCAUCAAGCAUAGAAGAACAUUAUUUAAGGCCAUCUUGAUCCUGCUCAUGCUUGUCGAGUCCAUUGUGGUACUUGUUAGACAAACCAACCACUUCCGUGUCACGAGAGCUCUGCGACCAUUGUUCCUGUUGCACACCCACUACUGUCAAGGUGUUCGCAGAAUCACUCGCCAGAUCAUGCAGUCUAUGCCCCCGAUUCUGGACAUGAUUAUUUUGCUGCUCUUCUUCAUGUUGAUAUUUUCCAUCCUAGGUUUUUAUUUAUUUUCUGGUAUUAAAACAGAUACAAAUUUCAAAACCAUCCAGAGUAGUUUCAUUAGUUUAUUUGUUCUUCUCACAACUGCCAACUAUCCUGAUGUCAUGAUGGCAGCUUACAAUGAGUCUCGCUUCUCUUGUGUAUUUUUCAUCAUCUAUUUGUCACUAGAGUUAUACUUCCUGAUGAAUCUUCUUCUGGCUGUGGUGUAUGACACUUUCUCCAACUUGGAGAAAUCAAAGAUCAGGUCAUUGUUCUUUCACAAGAGGGAAGGUUGUAUGCAUGCCUUCCGGUUGUUGGUUACACAAGCAAACCACUCAGGUCUUUCUGUAAAACAUUUCAUUGGAAUGAUGGGAUACUUUCUUCCUAAAAAGAGCAAGAGAGACUACUAUCUGAUGUUCAAAGCACUGAAUACAAGUAAGACAGGAAUGAUCCAAAUGGAAGAGUUCUUUAAUAUAUAUGAAGUUUCUCGGUUGCGAUGGAAGCUAAAAAGUGAUGUUAGUCUAUGGUCAUCAAAUUUUAGACAUCCAUGCAACAUUAUUUUUAAAAGUUUGAAUUGGCUAGCCAAUUGGAAGUAUCUGGAUUAUUUCAUAUAUUUUGUUAUUGCUGGCAAUUUUUUGUGGAUUCUGAUAGAAACAGCAAGAAUUUCCUCUGAUGGGACCAAUGUUGAAAGCUAUAACUUUACCACUAGUUGGAUCUCUAUAUCUUUUAUAUGCAUUUAUUCUAUUGAGGCUGUGAUUAAAAUAUUAGGGCGUGGUCCUUAUGAUUACUUCACCAGGGGAUGGGAUUUAUUUGAUUUUUUGGUGACUCUGGUCAGUGUUGUGGGUGUCUUUGGAGAAAUUUUUGAGAACUCUUUUUAUUAUGUGAUGAUCUUGAGGCCUUUUCGACUUCUCAGACUUUUUAAAUUGAAAAAAAGAUAUAGAGAUGUACUUGGAACUCUAUUUGUUUUGUUUUCCAAACUUAUGAGCUUGGCUAUAUGUAUAAUAAUUGUUUAUUACUUCUAUGCCAUAAUUGGAAUGGAAUUCUUCCUCGAUACAGACUUAAAAGAUUGUUGCCAAAAUACAAGCGUGGAGUCAGCUUAUGCUUACAAGAAUGGAACUGCUGCAACUGGCUACUACUACAUGAAUAACUUUGAUAACAUAUUUGUAUCUGGCGUGACUCUGUUUGAGCUUACAGUUGUGAAUAACUGGUUUAUCAUAAUGGAAGGCUACGCUAAUGCUGUCAGUCAAUGGACUAGGAUUUAUUUUAUGAGCUUUUACAUUGUUAUGAUGGUCGUGAUGAACAUUGUUGUGGCCUUCGUCCUUGAGUCUUUCAUCUUCAGGAUCAACUACCGCAGACAGAUGCAUUUAGAUGACAUUGAUGAUCAUGGUGUCUACAAAGAAGAAAUAACUCUGACAGAAUCAGAAAUGCAUAUGGUGACUUCUCUGGCUGCACCUUUGACCGGGGAAUACAUUCGAUCUCAAGGAGAGCCUGGGCCUUAUGUUUUCCGAGGUGAAGGUCACAGAACACGUGAGGAUUUCAGUCUACGAAUGUACCAUGAAGAAGUUGAGGCUUGGUCUAAGGAGUUUAUGGCCAACCGCCAUGAAGUUGUCAAUGCUAUGCAAGCCCUGAGAAAUCGAGAACGUCCAAAUACAGAACAAAGGGCUGAUAAUGCAGACUUGAACGAUGUUUUGUUUCCACGGGAUGUCUUCCCCUCUACAGAGAUCCUGUCAGAUGUGUAGAUGUGUUCACAAGAGACAUUUCUUAUUAAAUAUUCAUCUAGUAGAACAUACAUUUUGUAAAAUUGUAAAUUACUUUUGUGAUUUUUAAACAUAAAGUUAAAUCCCUCUGUGAUUUUUUUGUUUAGAAAAAUGGUUUACCGAAUUCAGAGAUUUAAAUCUAAAGAGUCGGAAUUUAAGGAUAUUUCCUACAGCAUCUAUAAUGUACUCUAGAUAUAGGUGCCUUGAGUCACAUGGCUCAAGCUGAAGUCAUAAGCAUUUUGUAUUCAAUCCUUCAAGUAAACUACAACAUGUUCCUUUGCCCUAAGUGAUUGUAUUGAUCAUUUUGGGAAACUGGAUAUUGUUAUCAUUUUUUAACAUGUAUUGGAUCUAUUAGAAGUCAAGUGGAUCCUUGUAUAUAACUGUUUGAAAAGAAGGCUGUUUGAGACUUCUAUUCAAACAUUUUGUUAAUCGAAUUUGAAUAAAAAUAAAACAAUUACCUUAUGUUGAAUAGUUUAAGCGUAUUCAAUCAACAAUCAAUGUUAUGACUUGUGGUUCUCCUGGUCCACAAAUCUUAGCUUACCUCACAACAAUUGACACAAUUAUUUCAGUUUUAAGUCAUUCUUCACUUUUGACACAUUUUUUACUUUCACAUUAUCAUUAUUUUGAGAAAGAUAAAGAUCUGCUAUUUUAUUGUCCGUAUCAGAAGGGAGAUAAUUGUGUCUUUAUUUAAAUUUUAGUGCUUUGUAUUAUUGUCCAAAUCAUGACAAACUCCACCCCACCCCCUCCCUUUUCCUUUUUUUCCCUUUACAUCAACACCACCAUUUUCUCCAGUUCUGCUGUAUAGACCUUGUUUUAUUUAGUUGAACGUUUGGGGGAAGAAAAGGUUAGCUUUUACUUUGUCAUGAUUGUAUUUAGCCACAUUUGAUAAUCAGCUCUUCAUCUUUGGAGAUUGGGGUGGAGUAAUUCUAGACUUUCCUUGAUAUUUUUAGGUGUUGGUAAAUGAACAUUUUCAGGUAUGAUGAAAAGGACUUUUCAUCUGUUCAUAUUGUCUUCCUAUAAAGUAAAGCAAAGGUAAAGAGAGGUUUUGAGAACAGAUAAGGAUUUGUGAUUAAGUUGUCUUAUUGUCUGACCUUUGCAUCAUCUGUCCUAAAUAUUGCAAAGUCUGAAAGGGGUAAUUUGCUUUUUUUUACUUAACAUGAAAUGACCUUUAACAUGAAUUUACCUUUGUGGUCAUUCAUGAAAUUUUUCUUGAGUGUAUUAAAGAAUCCUAGUUUGGAUUUGUUUCAGCUUUUGAUUAUUUACUGAUGAUAAGUGGUUAGUGAAAUUCUGUGUUAGCAAUUUUAUGAGUGAAACUUUUCGAUCAGCUUUUUUUCUUCUGGUUCUUUUCUUUUUCACAUACUCCGUUCAGGGCUAAUGUUUUUGUGAUACUAGUUGAGUCGCAAGCUAAAUAUAUUUCUUCAUUCUUACUUAAACAUCUCUGAUUUUGACACUUUUUUUGAUGGUGUUAUACAUGGAAAUAUAAAUCCAUCAAUAUUGUUAUAAUAAUGUUCAAAUUGAUGUUGCUGAUUAUAAUGUUGGAUGUUUUCAUGAUGUUAAUUUUAAUAGCAUUUAAUUAAGGUUUUAAUACCAUUUAAUUAAGGUUUUAAUGGCAUUUAAUUAAGGUAUCCCCCCACAUUUGAGCUAACAAAAAUUUCUUCACUUCGAAGCUGAGAAUCUUAUUAUUUAUUAGCCGAUCUUAUGUUUUUAUUUUAACAUCAUUUUAAAUUACAAUGUAAUGAAUGAAUUCCAUUUUGUUUUUAUAAUAGAGAUAUUUAGAAAGGAUUUUAAUUUAUUUAUAUUCUAAUUAGCAAGAUUGUGGCAUUAGAAAAUUUAGAUUGGGUGUUUAAAAAGUUUAUAUUCAACUUAACAUGGCAUAAUACAUCUUAGUUUAAGUUUUUCCUUAAGGCUAGAACUUAUGUUUCCAACUGUUGAUACAAUUUCUUUACAGGGACUCAUUUAUUUUAUCUCUGAUGUGGACUCACCUUAAUUGAAUUGUUGAUAGUACUGUUGAUUAUGUCAGUAGUAUUGUUGAUUAUGUUGAUAAAAUUGAUAAUUAUAAUUCAUGUCAUUAAUGUUGACACUAUUGUUAAAGAAAUCCUGCUCACAUCUUUUAAGGCCAAAUUUCAUAAUGAUAUUGACAGUGUUAUGAUGUUGUUGGUCAGUAGACUUAAUGACAAAACAAAUGACCAGUCACACUUAAACAUAUAACCAAAGACAAGCAAUACUUUUGGUCCUAUUUUUACCUGGUUAUUGUACACUUUGUAUUUUUAAGGUCAUGUCUCAAUGCUACAAAUAGUACAAAAAUUGAAGUCAAGUGUAAAUGUACCUGGUAGACUUAUUUCUUCCAAACAAUACAAGCAACAGAGUUGUUCAAGCAAUAUACUGCUAAUCCUCUUAAAUGGUUUGUAGUUUUCAAAAAGGAACUGAUUUUACCUUUCAUUUCCUUACUUCUGUAAUCUACUGCACACUUUGCUAUUGUCAGCUGUAUCCUCAUUCCUACACCAAUAGUCAAGUUCAUGAUGAAUUUCAAGAAAUAAUAAAAAUGUUUUAUAGAUUUAAUAGACAUGCAACAAAGUUUGCAGAUUUUGUAGCACUAUCUCACUGAGCAUGGCGUCAAUAUGUACUUUAAAAGCAUCAAAAACUUCUAAUCUCUGUAACUUUAAGAUUUAUUUAUAUCAAAUUUAUUUGACAAUCAUCUUGAACGAAUGCAAUGCUAAACAAAAAAUUAUUUGAAAGAUUAAAUGACAAAUAGGGUUUAUGUUAAUGGUGUUGAGAGAUUUGCUCAUUUUUUGUUCUCCUGUAGGAAAGUUUGUUCAUUUCUUGUCUGCUAUGUCCCAUGAACAAAAGUAUGUGAACAAUGUUUGAAAUUUUCAUGUAUGCUUAUGACUGUUCAUACAGAUGUAAUACCUGGUAUGUACUGUAUAUCAUAUGUUUUUUUGUUGUUGUUUUUUUCAUUGAUGCCCUGAAAGAAAUGAAAAGUAUUAAUACAAAUAUCCAUUUUUUUUUAAAUCCAUACAAAAAAAUCUUUGACAAAAAUGUUUCAUGAUAUUAUUGGCAUUCUGACAUGUUGAAAUCCUGUGCUGAUAAAAAAGCUACUUUAUACAAUUAGUGAUGACAUUCUUAAUACCAUUCAAGUUGUUAUGUGAUGUUGAUAGACUUAGUUGAUGCCUAUAGAGCCUGAGCUAUGUCUACAAGAAUUAUGUCUACAGAUUUAAGACUCUUUGUUUCCGGUGAGUUCAAGUGUGAUAUUGAUAUAAUUAAAUGUGGCUAUGUGUGUACCUCCCUUUUUUUCAGGGAAAAUAAUGUUAACUAGUAUAGGAAUGAAAGAUUUGGAAGCAAAGGAUUAAAAACCAAAGUUUAGAUAAGCAUGUUUGUAUUUAUUUUGUUAAACAAAACUCUAUUUUGAACUAAGCUCAACUUAAACUUGUUAGUUCAUCAUAUUAUUCUUUUUAAUUAGGGAAUAGUUUAGAAUGCCACUUUUUUGGAUUAUCUCAUUUUACUAUUUUUGCGUUAACUCUGGUGUUUGUAAUAAUAAAGGGGAGGCAACCUAGUUGGGGAGGAAGAAAAAGAUUUGUUCCUAUACUAAAUUUUAUCUGCUUGGCUAAACAACUUUAUUCAUUUUGUUUAUUCUUUACUAUUUGUAUUAGUGAAAGUAUUGUCAUUGGAUUAAUGGAUUAUAUCAUAUAUACACCAGCUGGAUAUGACCCUCAGGCCUUAGUUUGUGUAUCACUGAUAUCUAGGCGACCAUUGAUAUCUAAUAUAAAAUACUAUGAAAAUGGGUUUAUAUGAUUUGUUUCUUCUUUAGUAAAGAUUAAAAAAAAUUUCUAGGGCCUUCCGGUUGUGGGUUAGACAUUAAAACAUACACUACAGUCUCCGUCAUGAUCUAAGAAAUAUAUCUGCCAAGUUUUAUCAAGAUUGGUUAAACGGAUUUGAUUUCUGUUCAGGCAUACA